UUUCUGUGGACUACCACCAGCAGCUACUUUGCUUCUCUGUAGACUCUCCCUAUCACACACGCACACAAGCAUACUCCUCAAUCGUCGGUUCCAUCUGUUUGCCUUCUGUCUCCUGCUACUGCAUGCCAAUUCAAGUUAACCGAGGCAAAUACUAGAUGCAAUUGUUUGUUUGAUCCGUUUGGCUUUCUACAUAUCUCCAGCUACGGAUUCGACAAAAUAAUUAUUUGUAUAUGUCCUACUGCUGCAUGCCAAUUCAACAUAACCGAGCAGUGCUGCCCAUCAAGGAAACCGCCUAAUUCGGCAUCGGUGUGCAUGGACCAUUCCCUUCCAAAAUGAAGUGGAGGUUGCAGCAUUAUUAUUAAUUCAACUGCUGAAGAUAUAUAUAGUUCUGUUCUGGUACACCGUACAAACAAUCCACCAAGCUUAGCCAAACGGAGUGGCGCGUCCGGUUACUUCAAUCCAAUCCACCAUGCGUACUGAGGAAUUUCAUGCCGACACGAUAGACGACGCUGCUGAAUAUAUUCUGCUAGAACUGCUGAAGGAAAAGACUAAUACUACCAGAACCAUCGGUAGCAGAGACAAUGUCUUCUACUUCGAUGGCUGGGACGGACUGGGGGCGUCCGCCGUCCUCCGAGCCGUCGCCCAAUGCCCCCUGGCCGGGCAGGAGUUUGAUCAGGUCAUCCACAUCGACUGCUCGAUGUGGGAGAGCAGGAGGGCGCUUCAGAAGGCGGUCGCAGAGCAGCUGGGGCUCCCCAGCCAAGUGAUGGAGUUGUUCGACAGGCAAGACGAGGAGGAUGAUUUUCGCGGGGUGGCCAAGGGCUCCCGCGCUGAGCUACAACAAGUCCUCAUGGUGAUGCAACAACACAUACAGAAGCUGAACCGCAGAUUCUUGGUGAUUUUCCACAAUGGGAGCGAUGAGGAGAUCGAUCUAGCAAGUUUGUGUGGAUUCCCUCUGUCCGGGUUUUCAACCAACAAGGUGCUGUGGACAUUCCAAGGGAGACUCCGGCUCAUGCCCCGGUGGGGAGUCGAGAAGACCAUGAAGAGUGAAAGAACGACGACUCAUGCUUUUAUCAACACGGUCUCUGAUGAUGAGGAGAAACUUCCACCAGAGCUCUGGAACCACCUUGUACAGAAAGAGGCUUCAGAAGUAGCUGAAGUGUGCAAGAUUAACACUGGCCUUGACAGCACCAUUAUCGGUCGGCCCACACAAGUGGCAGAGUGCUUCAUGUACAUGCUGGGGCUAUGUUGUAGAGGCCGCCAUUCAGUUGACUACGACUGGGCCACCCAUGGCGCCAACUACUGGAUAUGUGAUGGCAUCAUAAAACAGCAAGGACAGGGAGACAGAGAAGCUGGUGCCACUGAUGGUGACGAUGAUCGAUCGUGGAGAGCGGCUGAUGCCCUGCAGUCUGAGAUGACAUUGGAUGUGGACUACCAUCAAUACUUACCCUCCUCUCACUUGGCAAGGUUCGUCGAGAGCAAGCCAAGUUGGAUUUCACCAAAUUAUGGGUUCAAUCAGCUCCCAGACAGAACUAUUCCCAAGGCAGAUAUUUUCCAACACUAUGCCGAAAAGCUUAGUGUUCUCAAGCUCUCACGCUGCACCUUCGACUUCCAAUCACCUCCAUUCCUCUGCUGCUACGGCCUCAGGUUUCUAUGGCUUGACCAUUGUGAAGGCACCAACAACACCAGCCCAGAUGGAACAGGGAAGGAGGAGGACAUCCGCCGGUGCUUUCAGAGGCUGUGGGUGCUCGACCUGCGCUACACAAACUGUGAUCAGAUCUUGUCUGCGCACAUGCUGGAUCUCAUGACCCAGCUUAGGGAGCUAAAUGUGAUCGGAGCCGACGGAUGGGACAUGGGCCAGCUACAUGGACGAUUGCCUAACAUCCACAAGCUCCGAGUGAAAACCUCUCGUGUCAGCUGCAGCUGCCCAGAAAAUGAUCUGUUCUCGGAGAUGAAAAGGAUGGAGCAUCUUGACUUUUCAGGAAACUAUCCAAGUGAUUUCAGUUCCAAGACGAGCUUAUUUGGGCCAGGGGUAAGCAGCAAUGUUAGCUGCCUUGAGACUGUCGUCAUUGUUGAUGGAUGUUUCGGGGUUGAACAAAUCUCCUUCCGCGGAUGUACUGAGCUAAAGAAUCUACUCCUGGGUGGACGGAUGACUGCUGUCCGCACAAUAGACAUCUCAGGCACGGCAGUGAAAACACUAGAUCUCGGUAAAACAACAAUUUAUAACCUUGAUGAGCUCUAUCUACUUGACUGCCAGAAGCUUUGUGCAAUCCUGUGGCCACCAUAUGACGAAAUGAAACAAGAAGGCUUGGGUAAGCUGUGGAUUGACACCACGCAGUCAGCACCCAUCGCCCAAUCUAGAGAAGACAAGGCCAAGCGGGGUACUACAGAAACAUCAGUAGCACCUGCAGCCACACCACAUGGCAGUCAACCGAGCAGUGAAUUUGAUUGGUACAUUUCUGUACAGGAUGCAAGGCUCCUUGGGUCCCUGAUGCCUGUCUAUUCUCAUUCCCGCAAGACAUAUGUUGAGAUCUCCUCUCCUCCUCAUCCUGCCAUUGCUGUUGGUGGUAGCAAAGAUAAAGGAAUAUUCAGGAGGGCAAGCCGUGGUGAGCAGCAAUUGCUGGUAAACAUGGAGCAGCAGCCUGCACGUGCAGUAUACAGAGAUAUCUCCAUGGACCGCCUACAACAAGCUAGUGAAGGUGGUGCUGAAGCUCUAGGAAUCAUGUGGAUGUGGCCUUGCCCGGAUGUUCCUGAUCUUCCAGAAAGCAGGUGCUACAUGCACAUACAAGACCAGAUAAAGACAAAAUUACCUCGAGGUGAUGAACAGACUAGUACUACUAUUACUGUCCCAUGGUUUGUAAUUCACAGUGUAAAGAUCCUGCAUGUGCACGAUAGCAUGUUCAUCACUAGUAUCACUUCAGAUAUUUGUGGUUCAGAAUGGCCUUACCUAGAGUGGUGCAGAAUCGAGAGGUGCCCCAAAUUGGAUUCUGUCUUCAAUAAUGAUAUUGAAGGCCCUAUCUUUAUUUAUCAGCUGAGAUUAUUCUGGGCAUCCCAACUCCUACAGUCAAGAUAUAUCUCCAUAACAAAUGGACGGCGUGCAUUCACCCACCUGACGUUGCUGCACCUGGACUUCUGCCCCAGGCUUAUACACGUACUCCCUUUCUCCGUGGGGUGGUUUGCCGGUGAAGAGGACAGCUUGCGCCUCCUGGAGACCCUUGAGAUUGCAUGGUGCGGUAAUCUCAGGAAGAUAUUUCCUUUCCAAAUGGGUCCUCACCACAUAGGCCAUGUCCCAGAUUACAAAGACUUCCCCAGGCUAAAGCGUAUCCACCUGCAUGAGCUCCCUUCACUACAGAACAUAUGUGGGAUUAAAAUGUCUGCACCUAACCUUGAGACCAUCAAGAUCAGGGGCUGUUGGAGCCUCACGCGCCUUCCUGACAUUGGCCGCAGCAACAAGGUAGUGGAGUGCGACUGCGAGAAGGAAUGGUGGGACAGGCUGGAGUGGGAUGACCGUUCGCAAGCGGACAGCUACAGACCCAUCCACCCACGGUAUUACAAGAAGACCAUGCUCAGGGGCAGUGUGCUCAGGUGAGGUAACCUGGCCGUCCCUUCGUUGGAUUACAGUCGCUGUGCCUGGCCUGCUAGCUGGUGUCUCGCCUUUGAUCUCCUGCUCACAAUUCUGCUUCUGCUUCUGCUUCUGCUUCAGCAUCCGCUUGAUUGGUUCGUGUGUGUGUGUGCGCGCGCGCAAAUGACAACAUGGAUGCAUAUGCUUUUGCUUGCGUCCUUGUGGUUGUGGUUUGUCUCAUUUGCAUCAGUUUGCUUUGGUUUGGUUUGCUUGGUCAGCCUUCUCGAUGGAUCCAGACAUCCAUCCUUCACUUCUGCCUAUGUGCUCCUGUUCGGAAGAUGGUGUGAUACAGACGGACAGGCCUGUGUGCUGUCUGGAGCAGUAGUGAAAUAAAACAAGAGCCAGUGAGCAUUGGAUCCGACAGCUGAAUUCCCUUCAGCUUGUGCAACAGCAGCAUGAGACAUGCUCCCAUACGUGCUACUGCCAAUUGCUGUGCUCUUGUAUGGUGUGUUUGUGGACUUUGGUUUUGUAUGGUGUGUUUGUGGACUUUGGUUUGGUAUACACUGCUGUGUGGCGCUGCCGUGUUUGAGCUGUCGGUUGUGUGUGGAGUAGAGUGUUCAAUGUUAUUGUUGCUCUACUUAUGUUCGUGAACAAAUAAAUAAAUGCCGAUGGCUGUAUGUGUGUGAUUUCAACAUCCAGUCCUUACCUGGGAGACAUGUGAUGCCUCUUGCAUGUAGUCCAAUACUACCGUCA